CCGCGCUGCCUCCUGCCCGGCGGAGCCACGUCCGCUGCGGCGCGGGGGCGGCCCCGGAUGGAAGCGGCCGCCAUUUAGGCAGCCGGCAGCGGCGGGCACGGGGCCGGGAGUGGGUAUGGCCAUGAGGCGCCUGUCGCAGCUGCUGGUGCUCGCCCUGCUCGUCUUCCCCGCCGCACUGCUGCUCGGGGGCGGCCGCAGCGGCCCAGGUUCAGGUUUAUUAGUUGCAGCUCAAGAUGCUACAGAAGAUGAAGACGCUGUGGAAGAUACUGUAGUUGAAGAUGAAGAUGAUGAGGCUGAAGUUGAAGAAGAUGAGCCAACAGACUUGACAGAAGAAAAAGAGGAAGAAGACUUGUCAGGAGAACCUAAAGCCUCACCUAGUGCCGAUACAACCAUCCUAUUUGUGAAAGGUGAAGACUUUCCAGCGAACAAUAUUGUUAAAUUCCUGGUGGGCUUCACCAAUAAGGGUACAGAGGAUUUCAUUGUCGAGUCUCUUGAUGCUUCUUUUCGGUAUCCUCAAGACUAUCAGUUCUAUAUCCAGAACUUCACAGCUCUCCCUCUGAAUACGGUAGUUCCACCCCAGAGACAAGCCACGUUUGAGUACUCUUUCAUCCCUGCUGAGCCUAUGGGUGGUCGUCCGUUCGGACUAGUGAUCAAUCUCAACUACAGAGAUGCAAAUGGCAAUGUAUUUCAAGAUGCUGUCUUCAAUCAAACUGUUACUAUUAUUGAAAAAGAAGAUGGGCUGGAUGGAGAAACGAUCUUCAUGUACAUGUUCCUUGCUGGACUUGGUCUGCUUGUCAUUGUUGGCCUCCAUCAGUUACUAGAGUCUAGGAAGAGGAAAAGACCGGUACAGAAAGUAGAGAUGGGAACAUCAAAUCAGAAUGAUGUUGAUAUGAGCUGGAUUCCCCAAGAAACUUUAAAUCAGAUAAAUAAAGCUUCACCGAGGAGGUUGCCCUACAAGAGGGCACAGAAGAGAUCAGUGGGCUCUGAUGAGUAAAUGUUAACUAGUACAACAGUUGAACCUUUACUAAUCCUGCCUGUUUGGGGGUUGUUUUUUGGAUUGGAGUAGUGCAGAGAAUCCAUAUCACCAUAAGGAAAAUACUGCUAAACAUUUGGACUGAACGGAUUAACUGAACGGUGUUAAUAUUACUGGAAAUGCACUUCUCUCUUUGUUAAUUGUUUGGGGGGGUGGGGAGGGGGAGGUAGCCAUUAAGAUUUGUGCCUGCGUGUGUAAGCAGUUGAUCUUAACAGAACCAUCUUACCUGAAAUGUGCCUUUAGAGUUCUUUGUAUUGCUGGCUUGUCAUCCGUACACUGUCUUUGAAGGAUUAUUCUCCUCCCCCUAUUCUGAAUGUCUGGUGACUUAACCUGUCUUGAUUGUACCACGUCUGUAUCGGAAUCCGUACGCAUUCCUCUUUGUCAGUGAGUAACUCCAUUCUCCACAGUGUGCACACUGGACUGUGUGUGCUCCUAUUUCAGUGGAGAGGCACUGAGCAUCUCAAUUUCUGUAUACUUUGCAUUCUAAAGGCACAAUUGGGUAUAGCUGCUUGUAGUGGUAGAUAUUUUGCUGCUCUUUUGAUCUGGGCAUGCAGUGAUCUACAAAUCUGGAUUUACCUGCGUAGAUGUUAUGAAAACUCUUACACAGCAGCAGAACUUGUGAAGCAUGGGAUUUGUGUGCUGAAUUGGUAUUACUACAUAAAUUCUUUUUUAUACCCAACUUGUUAAAUGGUUAGUUACUGAGUCGUGCCAGCAGCUUAGGCAUUCUGAUUAUAAUAGUAGCUCUGCAGUGUUUACUUAAGAAGUUACUGAAUAAGCCAGAACAACCUCUCAGUGAGUUAUCAGUUCUCUCACGAAAACUAAUGUCAUAUGUAUCAAAAUGUGGACUUCAAGCUUUACCUGGGGCAAGGACUCUGCAUUUACUGUACACACUUGAAACUGAAUUUGAAGAACUGUUGACUUCAAGGAGUUUUUUGAAACGGCAAACUAUUUAAUUCAUACUUCCCACUUUUGAAAUCCAGCUGCUUUCCACUGGUCAGUACAUUGGUCUAAGAGUUUUAAUCACCUUUCCUGCCAGUAACACACAUGCUUAGCCAUUGCUAACUACAUGUUAGUUGAGUGCUAAAGCAGAAAAGCUCUACAUGGUCCAGCUGGGAUUUUCUUCUGUGGCAGGCACAGCCUGGGCAAUUGGGAGGUACUGACGUAUUUAUUCACAUCCAUUGCAUUCAGGAGUUGAACUGGCAGGAAGAAGUACAGAGAUAAUGCCCAGUGUCAAUUGGCUGCCAUUCAGGCCCUUGGGCAAGGCUUUGAAUAGCUUGCAUCUUUGCCACAUCUCUUCCCGUGUGUGAAGGUUAUCUAGAAGCUUGUUGUAUUCAAGGAGAGGCACUGAUCUGAGACCUCUGUUUUCUUCUUUUCCUUCCCUAUCCCCACGUGCGAAAGUGCUUUGUUUUAGAUCUACACUUGUUCUGCAGGGACUGAGCUCCUUAGGCACUGAAAACUGAGUAAUACUUGCAUAUCACGUCACAGCGUGUUUGAAGCAGCUGAGCUCUGAAACUACCUGUACUGGUGCUUCACAAUUUGCCAGAAUGAACUGUGAAGAUGCUUUUGAGAGUUCAUGCUUAGAGAGGUAGCAAAGCAUUAAUUUAAGCUACACUUGGACUGCAUUUGAUAUAUGGCUCUCUGUGUGCUGUCUGCUCUGUGACAGCAGUUGAUUUGGUUUUUUUUCCCCCCAAUAUUUAAUCUGAGAAAGUCUUGACAGCAGCCACUCUUCUAAAGGAUGAGUUAUUGCAAUUCUUAAUGAAGUUGUAGGCUGUGAAUGGGGCAGCCCAGUGAGGGCAGUGCUGCUGCUGGUUUCAAACAUCUUCCUUUCCUUGGAAUGGGUAUAACCAAAGGCAUCCGUCCCUGUUUAUUCCCAGAGCCCAUGGUGCUAAACAACGUGUUGUGGGUGAAAGCUCUGAAUUCAGGGAACCUGAUCUAGGUGAACCUGCUUCUGCAGGGGGGUUGGACUGGAUAAUCUCUAAAGGUCCCUUCCAACCCCUACCAUUCUGUGAUUCUAUGAAGCGGCAGGAAAGUCAAAUCCUAAGGUAAGCUGGGUGGCCUGUUCUUCACUGUGCAGCAGUUAAGAGCCUGUUCUCCCUUCUCCAGAGGAAGAACAGUACCUACCUCAAAGGAGUGACACAAGGGCUGUUUCAGGAGUGCUGUGAAGUCACUUGAAACUUGUAUAAUACACUGCCAUGGCGAUAGUAAGGCAUAGUGUAACUGGAUGGUCACUGCACAGAUUUGUUACACCAGUUUAAUCCCCUCAGUGAACAGAAUUUAGCAGCUUUAUACUAAGACUUCUCUUAAAUAAACAGCAGAAUUGCAAUUAACUUUGAGGAGAGCGAAGCCAGAGAGAUCUUUCAGUUUCUGCAAGAGUUUAUAGGUGGGCUACAUAACAUUCUUCUGACACUUCUCCAUUUAUCUCUAAAUUUUGCCGGGGAUUUUUUUCUUAAUUGAGUGGUAUAGAUGAUGGUUUGUGUGGAUACAAUCCACAGUCAAUUCAAGAAUGACUGCUUGUUUGGGGUGAUUCAAGUUCAGAUGUACUGCAACUGAAAUGUUAAAUUAACAUUUACUUUCAUACCUGCUGACUUUCAUUUAUAAGUGAGAUCAGAUCUCUUGAAAAUGGCUGCAGGUUUUUUGUCAAGUAAACUUGAUUUUUUUGGGUUUUUUCUUA